AUUAAAUAGCAGAAUUCAAUAUGGCGGAUGACAGACGUUGCGCUUGGAAUUGAAAACUCGUGUUGUGUAUUAUUCUUCUCCCUUGUUAAACAACUGACAUUUGUGGUAAAAGAUUGGUACAGUGAUAUGGUUAGAUGAGCCUUGAUCCAUUUUAAUAGCUAAAAAGCAUCAUCAUGCAUGGUGGAGGUGGAAUGAUGCUUGUUAAUGGCCAGGGAUAUGGUUCAACGAAGAAGUAUGGAACAGAUACAAAAUCAAAAAACCAUUAUAUGGACAAUGUACGACGCAUGAGACAAAUACAAAGGCAAAGUAAAGAAAGAGAAGCAGAAAGCAAAAAGCCAGUAAAGGCACUGUGGAAGUCCGACAAGUAUCGUGAUGUUCAGUCCAGAGUAAAGGGUGAUAUCGAGCGUGAACCAGAUGCACCAAGACCACAUUCAGCAUGUUUUACCAGGGCACAUUCCCGGUCAGGUCCAUCAGUUAAGUUUCCAUCUCGUCCUAGUACUCCAGAAGUCGUCGUACCAGAUGAGAAACUGACGGUUCCUCGUGCAAGUUCAGCUACAGAUAUUAAGAUGACGAGGAAUAACUUUGACUUCAUCAAGAUUAACGGUGUAAAUGCCAAGAGGGCACCGGUGGUGAGGAGUCCAAGUCUUACAGCAUUGGAUGACCUCAAGAAGAGCAGGGAUGAGGAAUUCACGCAGAGGCACAAAUUUGGAGAGGUUCCUAAAUACCUUCAAUCACGGAAAGUUCAAUGGAAAAAAAAUGAGGAGGAUCGUAUAGCUAACAUACCUGACCCAGAAAUGCCUCCUGGCCACAGAGCAUUGCCAGAGGCAGAGCGACGCACAACACUUAGUCUGCUUAUAAAAAAGGAAGAAGAACUUGUACGAGAGAUGUCAGCAUUGCCUUUAAGAAUGGACACUUUCCGUAUUCGUUCACAAAAGCAAGAAAUUGAGAAAAAACUUGCAGAAGUAGACGAGGCAAAAAAAAUAUUUUCCCGAUCAAAAGUGUUUGUGAAAGUGGACUGAUAGCAACUGUUUUAAAUAUCUUAUUUUGUACUAUAGUUUAAUAUAAUUGAAAUGAGCUGUUUUUGUAGAUACAUGUAUUUAUUAUGUAGAUGAAUUUGUCAUAGGAAGGUCUUAUUUUUUAUACUCACUGUUCCUCAUUUUGUUUAUCUGACAUUGCAAACACUUGUGCUAGUGUUGUCUUCUGUGGAAAAGUGCUUGUAGACCUUGGACAAGUCAUGCACACAUUAAAUAUUAGUUUGAUCAAGUCUCAGCUAAUUCUGCUUUUAGUUGAGUGCCAGUAUUAUACUAAAUUACAUCACCUUAGAGAGUAUCAGAAAUUCUGUUGUAUACAGAUAUACAGUAGUAGUGACACUUUUAACUACACUUGUUUAAUAGCCAGAUAUUCGAUGUUGAAAGCGAGAACUUUUAAUUGAAAACUUCUCUUUGGAGAAGUAAUCUCAUUUUUAUGUCUGCUGUAAUUUUAGUGCCUCUCUUUGUAGUUCCUGUAAUCAUGAUCAGUAAUCAGGGACAUUCCAAGUCACUGAUAGUAAACACUGUUUUGAAAAUGUGUUAGAUAAUGGCCUAUUUUAUAGAUAUAACUGAAUGUAACUGGAAGUGCGAGAUUUCCCCUGUACAACAAAGGGACCUCAAGGGCGUAGGAUAAUAAUAAACUCAUAGUAGCAAGAUCAGAUAUUGCUGCAUCACGAAAAUACCUGGUAACGGAGUAACAUUUCAUUAUCAGGCAUUUCAUUUAUAGGAAGGCUGGAAUGAACAGUGUACUUUUCCACUGAUUGAUUUAAUUCUAAGAUCCUUCCAAAAGAUAUGAGAUAAAAUUAAAAACUUGUUAAAUGUCCAUAUAGGUGCAAGUAUGUAAGGAAAUUGCACUCCCAAGUUGUAGGAUUUCCAUACGAUGUAUGUUAAUGUAAAAAAAAAGGCUGUUUAAGUUAACGAAUAGUAUUUACUGGAAAUACCGGUUUAAUGUUAAUAGGGCGAAUAUUGUUAUUACGUUAUUGACAUUACUUAAUGU